GCAGGCGAUUCCAUUGAGAAAAUUUUCAGUCUGGCAGAGCUUACUGAGCGCGCAGCAAAGCGUGCACCGGAGGGUCGCGUGUAUUUCUUGGGAGUUAAUAAAUCGCCGUUUUUUUGUUUUUUUUUUGGGGGGGGGUUUAAUACUUGAACGGAUUCAAGCAUAAAAAGGACCUGACAAGUGUGGAGCUCUCCACCGUGAGAGCGAGAGGACGCAUCUCCCUCCAUCAUUCCCUCGUUUGAUUUGUCUACCCACACUGUUGAUCCCACAGCAUGGACAGUUUUUACGAUCAGCAGGUUCCUUUUGCUGUCCCACCCAAUAAAUGCAAUGCCAAGGAGCCACCAUGCAAGCCACUGAGUGACAGGAAGAGGAAGUUCUUGGACAGUGAGCUCGCUCAGGACACUGAAGAGCUGUUUCAGGACCUCCGUAGGCUGCAAGAAAUAUGGAUAGCUGAAGCUCAAGUACCUGACGAUGAACAGUUUGUUCCAGAUUUCCAGGACAACUUGAUGUUCCAUGGCCCGCCUCAAACCAAAGUGAAGAGGGAAGUCAGUCCGAACAGAGACUUCUCCCCCUGCGGACAAGAGCAGAGACUCUCACCAUAUGGAGAGAAGUGCCUUUACAACUACAGGUAUGUGUCUUCGUGUCACUUAAUUUUAAAACCCUGUUACACGGAGUUAUGCUGUGUAUGCAAAAAUGCCAUUUCCCCACAUCUGUUUCUCAUCAGUGCCUAUGACGGGAAGCCAUUUGCAUUCAGUAAACCCAUGACGUCGCCGCCUACCCCUGUAUCACCUUGCAACUCCACUCAUAACCCAGGGACACAUCCCCUGCAGAAAAGAGUCACACCUCCAGUCCACACUCAGACACAGGGGCUACCGCCUGUGACUGGCCACACUCAUCAGAGAAUACAGAGCACGGUUCACAGCCAAAGUCCACCUUUUGCAGUGCCCUGCCCACCUGUCAGUCACCCAGAUGCCUCCUACAAUGCAGAUCACAGAUUCCAUAGGCAGCUCUCGGACCCAUGUCUGCCCUUCCCACAGUCCAAUGCCCGUUCUAGGACUCCAUACCCACCACAGAGCACCAACCCCUUUGCACGGGACAAUCGGCCACAAUACCACCGCCAAAUGUCUGAGCCAGUGAUCCCGCUUCCUCCACGGGGGUUUAAGCAAGAGAUGGUGGACCCCCGGUAUCCUGAACAAGGUACCUCUAAUGUUGCAGCCAAUCGUGUCCCAUCGUUCCAUCAGAUGUCCAUCAAACAGGAGCCCAGAGAAUUUGGCAUUGACUCUGAGAUACAGAACUGCCAGUCAUCCUUCAGGAAGUCAUCAAAUUUCUAUCAGACCAACAGUGAAGGGUUCAUGUACGACGGAGAGCCUCACCUCUAUUACGAAGACGCGUGCGUGGUGCCUGAGCGGCUCGACGGAAAGUGCAAACAGGAAGGGGUGGGCUUCAGGGAGGGGCCUCCGUACCAAAGGCGGGGCUCCCUGCAGCUCUGGCAAUUUCUGGUGACGCUUCUUUAUGAUCCGUCCAACAGCCACUUUAUUGCGUGGACCGGCCGUGGCCUCGAGUUUAAACUCAUUGAGCCUGAAGAGGUGGCCAGGCGCUGGGGAAUCCAGAAGAACAGACCUGCCAUGAACUAUGACAAGCUGAGCCGAUCUCUCCGCUACUACUAUGAGAAGGGCAUCAUGCAGAAGGUAAAGGUCGCAGGUGAACGGUACGUGUACAAGUUUGUAUGUGACCCAGAAGCUCUCUUCUCCAUGGCCUUCCCCGAUAACCAGAGGCCAAGCCUUAAAGCCGACCCCGAUGGGAUGCAGGUCCCCGAGGAUGACACCGUUCCUCUCUCCCACUACGAUGAAGCCAGCAGAGCCUCUUAUGUAGAUGGCAGGGAUCAGAGCUUGGCAGGGCUGUCUUUCCCCGAAAGCUACACUUUCUGAACUGCUUUCAUCUCAGUUUGGACUCCCGAAUCCCCUCCGCCCACUGAGCAGGACCACACACACACGAUGAUUUCCUCCUGACACAUGAAGCUGAAUUACUGGCAUGUAUAAGUAUAUACCACACAUGCUUGUAUCUUUUUAAAAACAUUUUCUUUUUCUACAUCAUUUUCAGUCCUUUCAUACUCGUCUCAGCAUUUGAACUGUUUUCACCAAGCACACAAAUUCUCUACUGUAAUGCACAAUGUCAUUUUUGUCUUGGUUUUUUUUUUUUUUUUUUUAAAUCAGUCAACACUAAAAUGGGCUCUGCAGUAUUUUUAAACCAGCUUCAGGUUUUCUAUGUAUAAAUCUCUAAGUGAAUAUUCUAAGAUGGCUUUUGUGCACUGUUUCUCUUGUAGAACCUGCUGUGUAUUUUUCAGCUCUAUGCUUAAGUGGGAUUUCUAAAAUUCUAUGGCAUCUUUGAUGCUUUCAAAUUGCUGAAUUUAUUAAAGUAUGUAACUCGUUUUAACGAAAGGUUUGCAUAUUAUUCCAGCCAUGCAAGUGCACAUGCUUUAUUACUGGCCCGAAAAAAAAGUGCAAGCGUUUCUGCUUUUGUAGGAAUGUUGAAAGAGUAAAAUCUAUGUAUAUUAUAUAAGUAUAUUUUUGCAAAGCCUGCAUUUGUUUUCAUUGUUGUACAAGCUAUAUACCAGACCUUUCUCACUCUAAUAUGUUUAAUUUACAUAGUGGAAACUCGUGCUAUGUCUAGACAGGCAAUCAAAGGGUUUCUCUUUUUUAAAACUUAAUAUCUGGGGGAUUUUAAUUCCUGCAUUAAAAAAAAAAAUUGUCCAAAUGUGGGUUUAAGAGAAAUGUAUCUGACAAUCUAAUAAUUUAAGCAUUGCAGUAGCUCUCUAAAGGUAGCCCAGUGUUGGGUUUUGUGCUCAAGCUCAUGUUGCAGAGAUGUUCCAGUAACUGCUGAGCCAUAGAACCUUGUACUUGUGAUGGUAUAUCUUACCAAAGGGUCUUAUUCAGCAGUAAGUGUGACAUCAGCUCUGUAACAUGGGAUUUAUGGGUAACCUUUACAUCCACUAUUAAGCUUUAUAAUCUGUACUGGGUACAAUAAACUCUCUUCUGCUUCACUUAAA